CUUAACUGAAGAUCUCGGGGAGUCGCCGUCUGUUAUUUACGGUGUUUUUAACUUUUUUGGCCGACGGGCCGACAACUAAGGAAUUUUAACCCAGAUAAAACUGCAUAUUACAGUAUGGAUUCUCGCUUUGCACAUCUCUACAAGCGAGACAGCAGUGUCUCCAUGAUACGAGUGAAGAUGUCCAGGCGACGCUCUCAAACACAAAAAGAAAACAGAGAGAAAAUGCAAAAUCUUCGCCGUCACCUGGACCAGCUCCCAGAGCUGGAGCAUUCCAUGGAUGUGUCAGUGCUUGAGAGGUCAGUUUUCUGUGCUCAAGAGACUGGACACAAAGCAAACGGAGAAAAGAUAGUUAACAGCGCUGUAGAGGAGAGGAAAAAGAUGCUUGCACGUUUCAAAGAGAACAAGGCACUGCAGAAGGAGAAAGAAAAACGGGAGAAGAAAGGCACAUUUAAGGUUGGCCUCUACCGCCCACAGCCCCUGGGAUACCUGUCUCUGAAUACUGUUGCACCAAGUGCAGCGAAGACCACAGAAUUUACUCAGUCUGCCAGAGUGACCCGCUCCACGAAACAGAAUCAACAACCACAACCAAAGGUGUCAGUUGAAAGACCGACUACUACAAAGAAGGCUGAACUUGCAACCAGCAAUAGAACUACCAAGCCAUCGGCCACCGUAAACACCAGAGCCAAAACUUCUGCAGUUGAACCAGCUCCAGCUUACAGAGCUCCAACUACUCGAUCAGCCACAAGAGCUGUAACAGCAGCCAAAGCUGUGGUUAAACCUGCUGCAGAUGUCAAGUCGAUCAAAACAAGAUCUGCUAACAAGCAACCUGCAGCAGCUCCUUCAGGCAGAGGGAAAACCGUACAAGCAGAAAAUGUGGCUGUACUAGCUGAAAAAAAGAACGUGAAGCCUAGGCAAGAGGUCUGCCCUUCAGUAAAGCCCUCCUCAGUGGAGGAGCAGAAGAUUGUGGAGGAAGCAGAAGUGACUCCAGCUUCAUUUGCCCCUCAAGGUUUUGUCUUUCAGCCCCCAACUGGUCUGUCAAGCUUCCAGCCUACUCCCCUUUCCCCUCACUCUGCUGGUUCCUUCCUCUCUCCCAGCUUUAUCUUUGAACACAAGAUUAUGUCAACCAUCCCAAACUCCCCACUGUCUAACUCUUCUGACCCUCCAUCAUCGCCCCCACGAUGCCUUUCUGAACCUUCUGCUGCAUUUGCCUCUCCUCCUCCUUCCCAAACUACUUCUGUUAUUCCGGACUCAUCGUGUGCAUUUACAGCCUUGGCUUUACCCGCAGCUUCUGCCUCUGCUUUUCAACCUCCUGCUUCUCCCUCUGCUUCUGUAUCCAUACCUCCUGCUUCCCCACCACCUACCAAUGCAUUCUUUUCUGAUGUUCUCCCUCCUGGUUCUCCUUCUGCUUCUGUGGCCUCCUCAGAAAUCCCAGCUCCUGCUUCAGAUUAUUCUGUGCUUGCUCCCAAAUCUCCUGCCUUAACUUCAUCUGCCUUACCAAUCUCAACUCCUGCAACUUCAACAGCUCCUGUUGCUCCUUCUUCUGUUUCUGCUGCCUCACCUCCUGCCUCUCCUCCUUCCUCCGUUUCUGCUCCCCCACAUCCUGCCUCUCCUUCAUCCACUAUGCCCUCUGAGCCUCAGCAUGAUGUCCCCUAUUUCAGGGCAAUAAUGGCUAGUGAGACAGAAAGGUUGACUGGACUCUCUAAACUAUGGGAAUCAAGAUUUGAUGAUGACUCCAUCCCAGAAGAGAUGAGGGAUCGGAUGCGCACAGCUGUGGGCCAGGCCAGGCUUUUAAUUAAGGAGCGCUUUGACCAGUUUAGUGGACUGGUGGAUGACUGUGACCUUGGCAGAGGGGAGAAGAUCACAACCUGUACAGACUUGCAGGGCUUCUGGGACAUGGUGUACUUUCAGGUGGAAGAUGUUUAUAAGAAGUUUAAUGCCCUGAAAGAAGCAGAAGCCAGGGGAUGGCAAGAGGAAACUGCUAAGGUCAUCAGACAGAAAAAGGUGGUUAAGAAGCCCCCUGUAGCCGGAGGUAAGACUGGAGGGGGUGCAGGGGCCAGCGCUGCUGCAAAAAGUCGUCUGGCUGCGGUGAAGGCUGCUAUGAAGGCCAAAAAGGCUGCGGCAGAGAAAGAGGCUGCAGCCCCAGACACAGCUCCGGAUGAAUCGACUCCUGCUUCAGUUGCCCCAGCAAGCACUGUGGUGGCGCAGACUGUGGUGUUUCAUGGAGGCUUUUUCCAGGUGGAGAGUCCAGUCAAAGUAGUUGAUGCUGUAAGAAGAUCAACUCGACAGAGUGUAGCUUCAAUGUCCAGAUUCAGCACACCAGGCAAGCAGCGGCGAGUCCCUGCAGUCUCACAUUCUCCUUUUCCUAAUCCCACAUUAAUCCCUGGUGCACCUCACACCCCUGCAUCUCUUGCCCGUACCCCUCAGCGUCCCGCUGAUCCGUUUCCCUGCUCCCCCAAACCCCUUCAUUUCAGCCCUGAUCAACACAGACCUGCCACUUGCACCUCUCCUAACAGAACCACUCAUACAGAACCAUGCCAAUCUAGCCAUGACACACGUCUCACCCUUCCUGAUCAUGCCCAGUCAGACCACAUGGAUAUGUCAAGCGAUGAUCCGAUGAAGCAGUCAGAAGAGAUCAAGCCGGACAGUUCUCACUGCCAGUCAGAGGAGGAACUUGCACUCCCAUUUCUCCUCCCUGAGCAGUCAGACAACACAACAGAACCUGAGGAAAAUGUUUCAGAGUGCAGCUCAGAAGUGCCUGCGUUGUCCCACAUGCAAGCACAAGAGAUUGGGUUUCCCGAAAUGACCAGGGUCAGUCCAGCAGCUUCCCCUGUGAGAGCUCCAACGCUCAGUUUCAACCACUUUUCAUCACCGUCCACAUCUCCACAAGUGGAGAGCAUGGAGACUUGCGAUUAUGUCCCUUCUUCCCCCUCUAUCAUGUCCACCGUGCCUCAGCAAGUCCAUGACCUGCCUUCACCUCCCUCUGACGCUGCCGACACCUGCAUCAGUGAGAGAUCUACUGUGUGUGCAGAACCUGAAGUGGCACAAAAUCAAGGAACAGAGAGUAAUGCAGGUUUGGAUUUUGAGUGGUAUUUGCAGCCCACAGCCUGCUGCAGCUUGUCUCCAGCGCAGAGCACGACAGUGGACAGGUUUUCACUGGGGCUAGCAGACGCUGAAAUGGAGAGCCCUGUUUCUCAGGCAGAGGAAACUGUUCAGGAUGUUCUGAUGACUCCUACAGCCCCUCCCAGAAUGGCACCUCUCAUCUCUUCCUGGAAUGAACAGCUGAUGGACAACCCGCUGCUGUUCACCCCCCAGAAGAUGGCGAGAGUAAGACAGUCAGUGUGUGAGAAGGACCUCAUGAUGUUCACGCCUCCCUCCAGUAAAUAAUUCAUCCAGACAUAGAAGGAGAUAUUUGUGUAUGGUUUUAUUUACUCUUAAUUGUGCUUUUAACAGUUAGACUGCUGUUAAAUGCAUGUGGUUACUUGAUGUAUGUAUAGCUUGCUGAGUAUAAAUUUUGAUAACCUAUUAAAACAAACGUGUCUGA